AAUUAUUGGUGACUCGAUUCAACGAUGACGGCUUGUUUGUUGUAUCGCAGCCAAGUGGCAUCCCCUCCAUUCAAUCCAUGAUCCAUCUCCUCCUAUAAACAGCAGCCCCUCGGUCCUCCUUACACCACCACCAGCUAACGCCGAGCACUCCAUCUCAGCAUCUCAUCUCACCACCCAGCUGAAGCGAUGGCAUCCAGCGGCGCCGUGGCGGCGAUGCUGAAGAACAAGAUGCUCGUCUCCUGCGUGAUGCUCCUGGUUGUCGUGCUGAUGGCCGCGCAGAUGGCGGCGGCGGCGGCGGGCGACGACGGCGCAGCACCCCGGCGCCUGCUCGAUGCGUGCCGCUACAGAAACUGCAACUGCCGCACUUGCCCCAUUUUCAACUGGGCGUGCUGCGGCUUGUGUUGCCCGCCGGCGUAGAGGGCAGGGCGGCACCCGCUGCCUGCAGUUUCACACCUGCAGAGGUUUGAAUAAUGCACAUGUACGUGGUUACAUGUGGCUGAUGUCGUCUCUCUCAAUGCUAGUUUUGGUUUGUCGUCGUCGUCACUCGUAAAUGCUUCCAAGCUCGGAUGAUACUCUUUGCAAUUCACUGUCAAGCUUUGCGUGUGUGCGACUGCGCAUGCAUGCUUAAAUGAAUGUAAAUGCAACUUCAUCUA